AUGACUGCGGCUCGAGAGCGCAUCAGCAACAGCGCAGCCGCCUCAAGGGAGCCCUCGAGUAAAUCGCUGCUGGCGGCACCACUGCCGCCAGGCGGCGGCAGCCGACCUCUUAGUCGGGCUCCCGCCGCCGCCGCCGCUGCCGCCAGCAGCAGUGACGACCAGCACACACGAGCAGUGCUGGUGCGCGCCAGUACCAGACUGCUGGCGAGUGGUCUCGUAGCUGCCGCCAGCUUCCGUCGUCAAGGUACGACAGAGGCGCCGGCGGCGGACCCGCUGGAGUUCAACAACGUACCGAUUUGGGAGGACCGACUACGAUCGAGCACGCGAGCCCGGACCCCAAGAUGGGGAGCGGCGCUGGCUAGCAGCAGCGGCGGCGGCCGCCGCCUGGCGGCAGUGGCAGCGGCAGCAAGGGCGGCUGCGGCGGCUGCCGCCGCCGCCGCCGCUGUCUCCGCCGCUGACCCUGACGAUGGCGCCCGGGACAUUGUCAUGGCGGACGCCUUCGGCAGCGGACGAAAGGCUCGGAUGGCUGAUGUGGCAGAUGAGGUGCAGCAGCUGGAUGCCGCCGCUGGAUGGAUAGAGCCAGACGUUGCCAGAGCCCUGCCGACCUGGCAAGGUCGCGCCCUAAGAACCGUAAACCCUUUACCUGUGAUGCUGGUUGUAUUUCAGGAGGGAGUUGGAAGGGCAAGGAGAGCCUCGCGGUCGCUGCCGCUAUUGGCGGCGGCAGCGGCCGGGGCGGUGGCGGCGGCAGCAGCAUCGGCGAUGACGAUGAUUCUUUCUGGUCCCUCCCUGGAGCAGCCCCUCUCACGUCUGUUAACCCACACGCUGGUGCUGCUGGCGGCGAUGUUGGCGACACAUGUGAUCUGCUACAUCGUCCUGAUGGGCCUUAUCAACUCGCAGUACGCCCACGUUCACGAGAUCCACCGAGUGGCGCUAGCCUCGGAUCGUACCCAGGUCCCCCUGACCAGCCAUCUUCUGGACCUCAUGGAGGCGCUGAACGACCUGGAAAGCUACCACCACAACGUGUACUUGGGAACGGAUGUGGCCUCGGCCGGAGGAAAAAGCAGAGGGCAGACGCCACGGAAAAUAGACCAGGGUGGACUGUACGACAUGUGGACGAAAUCUGCAUUGCCGUACCAGGUCUACAUGGAUCUGGAGUCCCCGUCCUGGGUCAACCUAACCGCCGGCGUGUGGCAGUUGGGCAACCGCUUUGUUGCCACAUGCCGAGAGCUGUUGUACUGGGGCCAGAGGCUGGGGGGCAACAUCAGCCACAUCCGCUCGUUCCAGUUCGUACAAGCCAACGGCCCCUGGUCUCUGUUCCAGGCCUACACAGCCAGUUUGGAUUACCUGGCCCGAAUGGCGUGGGAGGAUGUGGCCGCCUUGCAACACAGCUUGCUGAUAAUCCUCCUAGUCGAGGCCAUCGCCAUACAGUUGUCCUGCAUCGUGUACGAAUGGUGGCUUGUACGGAAGGUGGAGAUGAGGCGUCGUGGGGCGCUGCUGGUGCCGCUUGGGCUGCCAGGGCCCGUGCUGCGAUUGUUGUCCAACCGGCCUUUAGUGGUGAUGGAGGACAGUGACGACGAGGCGGAGUCAGAGGAGGGCGCCGCGGGGCAUGCUGGGGACGGAGAUGGGAUGGGUCCAUACCGAAGGUCCUUAGAUGGGAACGCCGACGGCGCCAUCGCUGCCGACGCCGCCUCAACCGCCACAACUCAAGGCCACAUCCGCCGCUUUGCGGACGGCGGCGGUGCCGUACAUAGAACCCACCAUCGUGCGUCGAUCGAUUUCGCACCACUGCGCUCCGGUGCAUACCUUGGCACCGCCAGCGGUGGUGGCGGUAAGGUCUCCCUGGAGCGUCAUCUGCGGCUAACUGAGGCCGCAGAUGCGGCAUCUCAGCACCACCAUUAUGGCCGCAUGUCCGUCGAGGUACUAGGACCCCAUGGUAGCGGCGGCGGCGGCGCCGCCACCGGCGCUGUCGCCGAGUCCCCGACAGCAGCGGCGGCACCUGUACGGCAGGCACCCGAGGUAACCGUCGACCCACGGAACGCGGAGGUGGCUGCGCACCUUGAACAAACCCCGUUGCUGAAGGACCGUACGGACGAGGUAGGAUCGGAGCGCGCGGCGCCGGUACGUCAAUGCGUCAUGGUGCUUGGCGGCGCCGGCGGUGGUGGUUCUGUGAGCAGCAUCACCGUCGCCGCCGCCAGCGAUGGCGUCAGUGGCGGCGGCGGCCCCGGUCGCCGAAAUGCAGUGGCUGUCAUCAGCGAGUCCCACGGGUCGCAACUAGCGGUUAACGGAAAACAUCUAACCGCCAACUCCCGCAAUAUGCUGCGCUUUUUGGUUCCCCUGCUGCUUUGGGAGGUGGCGCUUGCGACCAUCGGAGGACUCAGCUACUAUUGGUUGGAAGGCAUGCAGGCCGGCAGUGUGUUUCAGAAGGCCGUCCCCGCCUCCACCUUCGAGAGCUCCUCCUUCGCGGGAAACUUCUUCACCGAGGAGAGGUGCUUUCGUUGGGACCAGAGCAAGUGCUACACACCGGACAGCCCCUACUACCAGCUCACGCACCAUGGCCUGGACUCCAUGAUGCGCCGGGUGGUAUCCGAACUGGAGCUGUUGGUGGCGGAUGAUGAUGCGGACGCCGUGUACAACGGUACGAGGUACAUGGUGGGCACGAAGGACUUGUACGAGGGGCUGCAGAGCAGCGCGCAGCUGUUCGUAGACUUCAUGAUCGGCAGGUACCAGAAUGUAAAGCUGCUGCAUACCCUCUUGCUGGUAGCUACUAUUGUACUGUUUGUGACGUACGCCCUGCUCGUCCUGCGGCCGUACUUGGCGGGGGUAGCCCAAGAGGCGCACCGCCUGGCGGGGCUGCUGAGCCACGUGCCCGCCGAUAUGGACGUCGCGACAUAUGCGCGGAACGUGAUGCGGGCGGCGGCACGUGCAAUGCAGGCCAACGGCGGCGGCGGCGGCGGCGGCGGCAGCGCUGCCGCCACUGCUGCCGCCACUGCUGCCGGCGACGGCGGCACAGCGCCGCCACCGCCGCCGCCACCGGGGUCCACCAUCGGAGGUCGAGUGGCGGCGGUAAAGGGGCAGGCAGCGGCGGCGGCCGAAGCGUGGCCGUGUAAGGCGCCCAAGGUCCCCGGUUGCCUCGAGGCCAUUAUCUUCUUCAACUCCGCCACGUCACUAUUUCUCCAUUUCCCACUGCCCGCCGCCUCCACUUCCGCUUUGCUGAUUCAGUCGGUAGGAGAGCUGGAGCCCAUCCGAGGACCCGUUUUCGUUCACACAGCCCGCUACCACCGAGCCGACACACGCUGUCCGCCGGAAAGGAGUCAGCAGCCGCAGGACAACCCCCACAGCAAGCAACAAUCGUAA